GCGGGAUUCGUUGAUGCCGGUCUAACAUCUAGUCAAGAACUGAAAAAUGAACUCAUUGACCAAGUGCUUUAGAUUAGUGUUGUUUUUGUGUUUACUAUGAAUGGGGCAGUCUGUUGGGAUGCUUUGGUUUCUGUGCGUCAUUAUCGCAGUUUCAGCUGAGGCGAUACAGUGGGACACCCCUACACCUUAUGACCCCGUUUGGUUUGCCAGCGUGCAGACUCAUGCACCGGUACCGACUCUAAAUGAGACGAGGUUCUGGUACUGGAGCUGGGUCAGCGAACAAGAUGUGCAGUUUCGACUGUUUACAAGAAAGAACCCAUUCGAGCAUCAAAUGCUCAAAACAAAUGACACAUCCUCGCUGCGAAACUCGCAUUUUAACUUUGAUAACAAGGUGAAAGUACUUACACAUGGGUGGUUGAAUCAUGGUGAUAGUCCCAUGCCCGAAUCCAUCAAAGAAGCAUAUUUGAACGUCAGCGAUAUUAAUAUAAUAGUCGUUGAUUGGGGCAAUGCUGCGAAUGUGAACUACAUCCUUGCAAGCUAUAACGUGGCAAUGGUGGGACGAGUGCUGACGGAAUUUCUAAAUUUUCUAAUCAACGAAGGAGUUUCAAUGGACGAUGUGCACCUCAUUGGUCAUAGCUUGGGCGCUCAUGUUGUUGGAAUUGCCGGUGCUUAUGUGAAGAAAGGACCUAUAGAUACAAUUACUGGCUUAGACCCAGCUCUGCCCUUAUUUACGCUCGGCAACAAGGACGCUCGGCUCGAUAAGCAUGAUGCAAGACACGUGGAGGUGAUACACACUUGUGGAGGAUAUCUAGGAUUUGCGUCUCCCCUCGGCCAUAUUGAUUUCUAUCCUAACGGCGGCACUCGACAGCCAGGAUGUGGAUUUGAUUAUCGUGGUCUCUGCGCUCACAACCGAGCACACAUGUUUUUUGCCGAGUCCAUAAUUUCAGACGUGCCGUUCACUGCAGUCCGAUGUCAGGACUACGAUGAGCUUUACUACGAGGGAUCAUGUGAAGGGACCGGGGAGACCCUGAUCAUGGGCGGUUUUGAUAUACAUUAUGGGAAAGAUGGAAUUUACUACCUCAAAACGAACGCGGAAAAGCCGUACGCUAUACGAAACCCCUCACCCUGAAUCACAAUUAAGAAUGUAUUUCAUACCGUCGCCACCAACGUCAAUACCUAAAUCAAUUAUUUCAUUUACUUCAUAAAAGGUCAGGUUUUUUUUUCGUAGCGAGAGUAAAUGGGUCGCGGGCCGACUUGACAAUUUACACAGCUUCAUCUCAUUUACAUUCUAUCGAUUGUUAUAUUUCACUCCGACCCAGCUUAUUGUUGUAGAUUAAAUAAGAAAAUAAAUGAAUAAUAUUUUCUUAAA